AAACAGGCAGGAACACCACUAAUCAAUUAGUGAUUUCAACUCACUGCGUGAUACAGGUUGGACAACACGAACUCCUGCUCUAGCAUUUGCUGUCAACUCACUGAAGUCAUGCACACAUGGUAUAAAAAGUAUAAAGUUGAAGGUUUCUCGUCUGUGUGACUGGCAGGUUGAAGUAGAUACGCAGUACAGAAUAUGGCGACAAUGGGAGGCAUUGCCUAUUUUGUACUUCUUCUGCCUGUACUACAAUUGGGUGCCGCCUUCAGUGACGGCAGGGAGUUUGUGCUUAUCUACCCUGAAAUGAAAGGAUAUAACGGCUCGGUGUCACUUAGCCCGUACGUGAUAGGAACUGGUCCCAUGACAUUGACAGUCUACGAAUCAGGGUCAGCUGCCACGACGGUAAUGCUGAUGACGAAUGGUGAACUCUCAAUAGUGAAUAACAAUAUCAUAGUCGGAGAUGGUAUAAGUUUUAAAAUGGUUCGCCUGACCUCAGAUAAGAAUGUCAAAAUAUUUGGGCGUUACACUGCUGGCGACAGAGGGGAACUGUACUCGGCUAUCCCCACCACAUCCUUGGGGAGCGAGUAUUAUGUGGCGACGUACUGCGAAGAGGCGGCGCAUCUCUGUCACAUACAGAUAGCUAGUUUGGAUGUUGGCACGACUGUUGAAGUUGCGUUAACAAAUGGUGGAAACAGCGAUGUGACCGUUGAGUUCCUGGGGGUCACCUACCACGGUGGAGAUACGAUAACCAUGACCUUGAAUCAGUACCAGGUGGCUCACAUAGAGAGUGCUAGUGAUCUCACAGGAACUCGCAUCUCAUCCAAUACCAACAUCGUGGUGUACAGCGGGAGCAGUGCCACGACGGUCCGGGGUGCUGGGGAGGGGUUCCUUCUGAAGCCGAUGUCCCCGGUGACCACGUGGGGCAGAGUGCAUGUCGCUGUCAGGACUCCAGGGAGGAUUAAAACUGGAGAUUAUUUCCGAAUUAUUACCUCUGAGUCAAAUACCGUUGUAACGAUAUCUGGCGAGAGUCCCAUAACUCUAUCUAACAGAGGGCAGUGGGUUCAGAGGAAUUUCAGUGGCAGUGCCGAGAUACUCGUCAGUUCGAACAAGCCGGUGAUGGUGGUGAGAUUGUCGCCGGGGCAGAGGGAAGUCACGGAGCCCGGAGUUCCUACAAUGGUGUUGGUGGUACCAAAUGAACAGUUUGUCACGGGAACGAAUGUGAUUGUGCCCAAAGUGCCCGGAUUGACAAGCAGCAUUAUAACGGUUGUAACAAAGAAACAGUACACGGGCAACAUGUUGGUGGAGUCCAACAGUGUUAUCAACUGGUUUACAGUGGGCAGUUCUAACUACGUGGUGGCCGAGGUCUCUGUCACUUCCAACUACAUCACUGUAUCGUCUAGCCCUGAAGCCAGAUUUGCUGUCUAUUUCCACGGCCGUGGGUCUCCAUCGUUUGCGUAUACUGGCGGAAGAAACUAUGCAAACAUCAAUCCGCCGUGUUCCCCGACAGUGAUGUCUAUCGGAGACGAGGUAGACAACGACUGCAACGGCCAGACCGACGAGGACAACUGCACGCUGACAGAUUAUGUUGGGAAGGACUGCUCUGUCAUUGUGUCAGGUGACCGAGAUGUCUAUGGAACAAGAUUUGUGUUUGUGUUCCCCUACCAUACCCCUGAUCCUGCCCUAACUGUGGCUGUAUAUCUAUCUAAACCCGGCGUCGACGUCACAUUGCAGACACCCAAUCUCCCAGGGCAAGUCAACACUACACGGACUCUGUCAGGGACAAGCCACAGCUUUGACGUCCCGUAUUCCUUUCAAGUGAACGGAUCAAGUUCUUCCAAUAACACCCUGCUACUAGAAGCAUCGGAAGAAGUAUCACUUAUGAUUCUGUCGGCUGAUCCAUCACCGGAUUACUCUGGGGGAGCUUUCAGAGCUCUGCCCAUAGACGGGCUUGGUAGAGAGUACAUUGCUGCGACUUAUUGUGAAGACAACAUGUGUUUCAUUGACAUCUCUGCUGCUCAUCCAGACACUGUCGUGACAGUUCUACUUAAGCUUGUGAACAAAAGUCACGUGGUCACCUAUGAUGGAGCUGAAUAUGUGCACGGGGAGACUAUUAUUAUUAGUCUGGCUAUGUACGAAUCCGCUCAGGUACUGAGUGCAGUUGACAUGACGGGGUCUAAGAUUACAGCAACCAAGCCAGUAGCCGUCAUUACAGGGGGUCAGUUUACCAGGGUGAUGGGACGUUCCAAUAAAGACAUGGUCAUUGAACAAUUAAUGCCUCUUCAAACACUUGGGCGUUUAGCUGCAGUUGUCCAAACACCUGGUCGGCUGAGUGUCUGUGCCACGUGUAGAGAUCACAUCAGAAUCAUUGCUUCACAGGACAACACCCUGGUUACUUUCAACAUGAAUGGAACUUCCACUCCUUAUUUCUUAAUAUUUGAAGGGAUGUUCCAGGACAUUAUGCUGCUGGACAAAGGCACGAUAGAAAGUGACAAACCAAUCAUGGUUAUGCAAUUGAUGGUUGAAUAUAGCAUUACGAUUGACGGAGGGAUGGUGCUAGUCAUUCCAGUUGAACAAUACUCUAACGAAGACCAUGUGUUUAUACCUCCAACAAAUGUUGAUACAAUAAACCUCCUGGUUAUCGCCAACCAGUCAGAUACUUUCAAUAUCUUCUAUAACGACAAUGUUUUUAUGAACUGGGAAAAUCUACCCGGAACUAUGAUGUUAGCCACAUCCUCUGCGACGUUUGACAAAGGAGUCACAAAUAAUAUUACUGGAUCAGCUGAGUCUAUCAUUGGUGGACACAUUGCCACCAGAAUGGCUCUAUUCGCACCCGGGACAUUUUCCUUCCCGCUGGCCUUUAGACUUGAUGCAAUCAACCAGCCGUGUGUAUUGACGCCAUCAGUUCCUGGAGACAACAUCGACAACGACUGUGACGGAUUGAUUGAUGAGGAGAACUGCACCAUUGGCAUCUCAGACGAUGGGGACUAUGAUGGCAUGUUUGACGAGGACUGUAAGGAGGCAGCUGUUGCAUCAUCAUCGACAAUGCAAGCGUCCGCCAUAACUGGGGCACCUGUUGACCACACAGUGACUAGUACGGAAGAGUAUUCAUCUGAACCCGUAAUACAAUCCACCUCCGAAGAUAUAGCCACAACCACCUUCGUGAACCCGCCUGCUUCCUCUGUAGAGCAUUUGGUAUCGUCCACUUCCUCCGAAGGUAUUGCCACACCCACCUUCGUGAACCCGCCUGCUUCCUCUGUAGAGCAUUUGGUAUCGUCCACUUCCUCCGAAGGUAUUGCCACACCCACCUUCGUGAACCCGCCUACUUCCUCUGUAGAGCAUUUGGUAUCGUCCACUUCCUCCGAAGGUAUUGCCACACCCACCUUCGUGAACCCGCCUGCUUCCUCUGUAGAGCAUUUGGUAUCGUCCACUCCCUCCGAAGGUAUUGCAACAGCCACCUUCGUGAACCCGCCUGCUUCCUCUGUAGAGCAUUUGGUAUCGUCCACUUCCUCCGAAGAUGCUUCAGCACAAAUAGAUACGUCAAGCAUCAUUCUCAGCUCUACAGAAACACAAGAAUCAUCUGAAGCUAAUACUGCACUGACAGCAUCAACCCCUUUUGUAAGUCAGCCCCAACAAACUAUAGAGGAGCGAUGUACUUGCAAGUGCUCCCCCUGGAAGACUGACAUCGCCUCGGAGAGUCUUACACGGGUCGUUGAGAGCAUCAAGAAAGAGCUGACUGUAGACAAGGACACAGUGUCCCAAGCCAUCAGAAAGAAAACCAGUGCGCCAGAUCAUCGGCAAUCAGCAGUCAGUAUGGGAUAUGUUGGCAUAGCUGUCAUCUUAAGUCUGUUUGUUGGGAUAUUUGUGUUGGAUGCGGGAUCUUUGUAUAGAGAUCUUCUGUCUUUAUUUAAGACGCUGAAAGACAAUUGUAGCGUUGGGAUAAGCAAACAAGCAACAUGAACAUAAACAGACAACGCCGACAGUAGGUAAUAAUCACUAUCUCCAUUGGAUCUACAUAGGCGGUGCCCCUCUUUGUUGAGUGCCCUAAAAUCCUAAUACACAACACAUGCUAAUUAAAUGACAACAAAGAUACGAACACCAAACAUUGGUGAAUAACAUUGCUCACACUGAACCUAUUCAAUGUCUGUCAAGUCAAGUAUACCUUUCUCUUCCUCUUUUCUCUUCUGGUAGAUCUACCAGUUCCAACACGUCAUGUGCAGCCUCUCAUACUGUAUAUACCAUCGGAAUAAAAUAACUGUGCUUCAUAUCAAGUGGUCAUUCGUCUGAUCAAUGUUUUAUCAUAACACAUUCAUUGAAAAAACCCAAACCUGGUCACAGGAGACGGAGAUACACGUCCUAAAGGAAGGGUGUCCUAACAACUUAACUAACAAUGUCAAUAUAGGGUGUGAUCACCAUUUGCGUUGAUACAGGCGAGGGAGCGGUGAUACCAGAUGAUUGAAAAGACCCUGGAGGAUGUUGUUCCAACUGUCAAACAAAGGUUGGUCCAAUUGAGCUAGCGCUACCGGCUGGUUUUGGUCCUGUCGUAGGCGUCGCUCCACUUCUCAUCCCGGAUAUGUUCUAUUAGGAAAACGUCGUGAGAAACAGGCAGCCAUGGCAGUACAGCAAUGUUAAGCUGUGUCAAAAAGGCUGUUCAACACGUGCAACAUGUGGGUAGGCACUUUCCUGCUGCAACGUGACGGUACGUUUCUGCAUUUGCACAAAAGGUCGAACGACGGCGUCCCGUUAGCGUACGCCAUUCCAACUGCCAUUAGCAAUGAUUAGUUGUGUUCUCCCAUGAGUAGUGAUGCCGGUCAAUACCAUUACACUUCCACCAUCAUACUGAAGACGUUGAGUAACGCAAGCGUUCUCAUGGACACCUGUACAUCCUUGCACAACCAUCACAACUGUCAAGAUGAAACCUGGACUCAUCUGUGAACGGUAUACUGUCUCAGUCUUGUCUUCUGAACCUCAGAUGCUGUUAACACCAAGCUAGUGUGCCUGACGGUGACGCGGAAGCAAAAUUGGGCGUACCACUAGAGGUCGGGGCCGGAUGUUGUGCUACCUCAACUGGUUGCGUACGGUUCUGCCACUGAUUGGUCUCAACCCAGGCAUUGUUCGAACUGCUAACGUGGCAGUUUGGUAUCGAUGCCGUAUAUGCACCCACCGAAUAUGGUUCUCUUGACGUGACAUCACACUAGGACGACCGUCCCGUUGCAAGCCCUGCUGCCGGUAACGUCCCAAAAGAGAUGAUAUUGUGUUUCGUUCGUGUCUGGCAGUUUCGUUUUCCGCCAUUCCUGUUUGAAGCAUACCUACGGCGCGUAGACGUUGAUUUUUUUAUGAGCAUCUGAUAGCUAAAUAAUCAUCGUGUGCUGUUCACUUUGAAAAAAACACGUGUGUGAGUAUCAUGCUCCCGACAAACACGCAAAUAUUCAAAUUGUGCGCCGUACAUGAACAUGCAUGUUAAAAAUGUGAAUCACGACCUUAAAAUCUAGGUGACGUGUUCAUGAAUAUGUAUUGAUAGAUGCAUUGUUUAAUUGGUAUUGAACUUAUUAUGAAACACAGUUACUUGUUUCCGUUAGUACAUAUACAUAUAUAACGCAUGUAAUUAUUCAUACAAAUAGUGCCAUCAAUACUUAUAUACUUAUUACAUUUAAAGAUCCACGCACGCACGCACGCACGCAUGCGCAUGCGCACAUACCACUUUGCAUAUAGUAAGACAUUUUUUGUGGUUUUUUCGUUUGCUGUUUAAAGCCACACUCCAAAAUAGACAAGUAAUUCCUUGUUCUGAUAAGAAUGUUUUUGUUUGUAUUUCUAAUGUCGCACUCAGCAAGAUUAAAGCUCUAUGACGGUUAUGUCCCAAAUAUAACACUUGUUAUACAUGUAUGACCAUGGUCUGUAAAAAAUCGAGUCUGGACCGACAGUCCAGGAAUUUAUAUUUGAGCAACGAUCCACGCCGUGCAGUAUGUCACGUGUCUGACAAAUAUGUGCUUACUCUAUACGUAUACCUACUGUUAUUUUUCAACUUUUAGAUAAUUUAUUUCCAUACGACGGUUUUGUAGAUUCAUGCACAUGACUACGUCAACUUGGAUGUCAAUGAUCACAAUACCUUGUGGUUGAUCUUUCAGUAGCGCCAUAUUGAAAAUUUCAUUUUCACCCAUCACUGUAAUUAUAGCAUCAGUCAUUUAGCAAGGUGUUGUUUCAUAUGUAAUGUGUAUAUUUGUUGUCCAUCUGUUCAGCUUGUGUACGACGCAAAUAGUCCUUUCACUGAUCAACCUGUACAAUAAAACUU